AAGAUGCGCCCAUUCUUUAUUGCAUUCAUUCUUUUUUCAGCUAUUCCAUUGUCUUUAAUAUUUAAUAAUAUCUAUCAAAAUUAUAAAAAUCUAAAAGUUCUUCGCAAAAAUGAAGCUGAAUUUCAUUGGAGUCAUAUUGUGAAGUAUGAAGAGUUGAAGACAGCUGUAAGGAAACUUCCUGAUGGAUACGGAGUUAUGCUUUUGAAUCGACACGCUGUAAAAAUGACUUUGAAUUGGUUGUGCAAUACAAAAAGUUUUGUGGGUGUUCACCAGAAAAUGCUAUUCUUAGUUAUGGAUAAGUUUUCGGAAGAAAGUCUUCGAAAAGUGUAUCCAAGAUUGAAUAUUGUCAUCUGGUUGGCACCAGUACUUCAAAAAACAUUCCGCCCAUAUGACAUAACAUACAUGAGCUUUUUCCUAAUGAGAACCAAUAUGAUUCAUGCACUUCAAAAACUUGGAAAACCGUUUUGGAUGCUUCAGGCUGAUACAGUUUGGCGUGAUAAUUUUCUUAACUUGGUCGAUGUGAGUAAAUAUGAGAAUAGUGAUAUUCUUCUUGAUCAACAAGGAUUCGAAGGAACCGCUGAUAUUCGAAAAAGAACAAUGAACGGUGCAAACUUCUAUAUUCCCUCAAAAUCUUCCAGUCAGUCUUUAGUAGAAUCAUGGUUAUUUUGGCAGAAAAGUGUGUAUAUUACUGACCCAGAUCUUGUUAAAAUGUUUUGUCUCCGUGGAGAUUAUUCAUGUGAUUAUGUUCCAUACAGUCUGGUAACGGGAUGGGAAUGGAUUUACGGAGACCAGAAAAACCCACCGAUCAUGAUUCAAAUGGACGGAGAAACUGGUGGAAAUAAGGAGAAAGUGCUUGAAAAAUAUAAUUUCUGGUUUUUGGAUAAAAAUGACAGAUGUAAAGCAGAUAAAGUUUCAAAAGGAGUUCAACAUAUGGUUGAUGGAACUGUGCCACGGAUUAUGACGCAAUCAAAGAAUCGCGAACAAUUUUAUUUGAAACUCGGAGAAUUUCUCAAUCAAAUUCCAGUUUUCGGACAUUAUUCCAGCAUUUAUGGAGGACUCACGUCGCUUUAUUUACAGUUUUUCUGAUUUUUAAUAAAGUUUUUUGAACGUU